CAAGUGAGAGAAGCUUGAGAGUAAGAGUAUAAGGAAAAAGUUAUAAUAUAAAAAUAUUUUAAGUUUAAAAGAUAGUUCUUACUCGACCGCAGGUUCAUCAGAGCUCCAGGUGAUUGCUCUUUAAGAAAGACUGCUCCUGCUGAUGCUGAUGCUGGUUUACUUGUGCGCUGUGUAGCUUUACAUUGUGGAUUCUGGUGUACAGCACUGGGUUUUAAAUAACUUAAACCUCGAGAUAGAUAAAAUAAUGUAUUACAGUGAGGUUCAACCGAGGAACACGUCAUCUUGAUUCACGCUCGAGCUGGUAUUUAUAAAAUAUUAAAAUAGUAGGGAGUAAAUAAAAAUAAAUGUGAUAAGAAAAAUAACUUUAAAACGGUGGGAGGGUAAAAUAGUGAAGGAUGAGGAAGUUGUAAUUUAACUUCAGCGACACGAGGAUCAUGAUGAUGAUGAUGAUGAUGAUGAGCUUGGUGUUGGUGCGGUAGAGAUAAUUACAAAGCGGUAUUUUAGUAGAUACGAUUGCCGCAUUCCGUAUUAAAUAAACAAACUUUUGUUUUGUGUUUUAAAUAUUCACUGUGAACUGUGACGGUGGUUUUUAAAUUUAAAUUUAAACGUGUGGACAAGUGAUUUUUUUUUAAAUUUAGUUUGUUGUGACAAGUGAUUUUUAUUGAUGGAUUUAUUAUUAUGUGCCAGAGUGGGUCUGAUGAUACCUGAAGAAGAUCUGGGAUGACCAACGUCAACAGGAUCCGGGUGGUCGUCCUCGGCGGCCCCAGAGUCGGCAAAUCUGCUGUGGUGGUGCGGUAUCUAACGAGGCGGUAUAUCGGAGAGUACAGUUCAACGAGUGAUUUUCUCUAUAGACACAAUGUAACCAUAGACAAUGUCAUGACUGAAGUUGAAAUUCUCGAUACUUCGAGGUGCGAGGAAAACGGGUGUUUGUACACGCAUAUACGAUGGGGGGAGGCCUUUGUCAUUGUUUACAGCGUUACGUGCAAACGGAGCUUUCAAGAAGCACGGGGAUUGCUUAAACAACUCGCUGAUCUCAGACUUCCUUCUUAUUUUACAGCACUUUUACUUGGAAAUAAACGUGAUCUCGAUCAUGCUCGAGAAGUGUGUGUAGAUGAAGGUCAACAGCUAUCAUUAACACACGGGUGUCAAUUUUACGAGGUCAGUGCAGCAGAAAGUGCUGCAGGAGCAGCAUUAGCAUUUCAAGGACUUCUCAGGGAAGCUAGAUCAGUACAAUUACUACGUGCAUUACCAAUAAGACGUAAAUUAGGUGUACAUUCAGUCUCCAGAGUCUUGGGUACAAUAUUCGGUAAAAAUACAACAAAAGAUAGAAAAAAAAGACCGUCACUAAGUAUAUGACGCCUUUUGUGCGCCCUCCUGAUUGGAGAACGUGACUACGAGCCCGAAGGUAACAGUGACGUUAUCGUACUUACAAGUAAUGUUUACGUAAAUCGUUGAUUAUAUUCUUCGGACGUGUAGUGAGAAUGGAAAAUUCUCAUUUAUCGCGUUAUUUAAUGACGAAUUAUUAUUUCGUCAUUGAGCUAUCGAUUUAAAUAAAUCGAUCGACUGUUAAAAGUUAUGGUUAUCUCUGAUACUUGGACUCGGUAACAGAGUAACCGGAGGUCGCACGCACAUGCUAUUGGGUGUUUUGAGUCAAGCCAAGACUACUGGGACCUGAAUUUUAAUUUUCUAUAAUUAUUGUUUACUUUUUUUUUUAAUUAUUAAUUCAAAUUUAUCUUUAAAUUAAGACGGAAAAUUUUAUUUAUUAAAAUGGGCUUGUUUUUAAUUUAACAAGAAUGCGAUUAGUUUUAUUUUAUGAAAGGGCUUAGGACAGUAGAAAUUAUUUUAGUUUUUAAAAAUUUUAUGGAAAAAUUUAUUUGUGUUGUCUGUAAUUUUAAUUUUUGGGUGAAAUUGUCAGGCAUGAAACUGGAUAAUUGAUGAUUUAAAUAAAGAAAUUUUUUUUUGUAAAUUUAAAAAGAAAAAAAUAUGAAUAUGGAUCUGAAUAGAGUUAAUAUUUAAAAAAUCCAACAAAUCGAUAAAAUAAAAUUGUGAAAAUUAAUCUCGAGGCGAAAACAAUUAAAAAUUUUUAAGUCCAAAAAAAUUAUCAAUUUUUCUAAUAAAGGAGAUUUGACAUUACAACGAAAAAUAGAAUUUAUGAUGUUAAAUUUUCAUUUUUUUGAAAGAAAGACAACUGGAUAGAUUGUAAAUGCGCUAGAAUGGUCACUCAUUUUUAAAAAUUACCGCCAUUGAGUGACCAUCAAUUUUUGGAUUUAUGUAGAAUAAUUUUUUGUCAAAGAUAAGAAAUAAUUUUAAAAACUAUCCACUGCACUGUAAAAAAUUUGCGGAGUGAACGUGGAUUAAAUCCGGAGUGAAUGCGGAGGACGACUGAGUAUUUAUUGAAUCCCUUUGGAGUGAAAUUCACUUUGAAGGGGAGUUGGUUUUAAUAUUGAAACUGAAUCGAAUUCAAAUUUAAAUAAAACCCGUAAUCACUUCAAAUUCACUCCUGAUUUUUUGCAGUGUAUGAAUUAUUUUUAAAACUCAUUUUUAGUUUUUGUGUUCACUAAAAUUUCGUACGUAAAUUUAAAUGCCAGCGGAAAUUUAGGGUGCAUUUGGAAAUGCUCUAGCUCUAGCUCUGCUAUAUGACAACUCUUCAUUUUGAAUUUAAAAUUUUACUCAACUAUUGCAUUAAAAAAAAAAACUAAGCCCUUACUGUUUACUUUUUUAUUAAAAAGUAUAAAAAAGUCACCCUUUAAAUUAUACAUUAGACUUAUUUUUUACCUACAAAUAUUUAUUUAAUUUAAAAUUAAAAAAAAAAAAAAAAAAUUUUACUCAAAACCACAAAUCAAAAGUUUUUACAAAAUAAAAUUUAUUUAAUUAUUUGAAUAAUCAAAAACUGAUUUAUCUCCCGUCUCAAUUACUAGUAGACAAGCCCAAGGUCUUAAAAGAUUUAAAAAAUCAAAUGAAUUAUUAUGUAUACGAAUUUAAAUUUCUACAUUUAAAUGUGUCGCCUAUUACACUAGACUUAUUACCAACAUGUUUUCUCAAUUAUUUUUUAAUGACAACAAGAAAAAAAAAAUUAUAUUAUAAAUAAAAAGUUUUUCUUCUUGCCCACCCACUGUCUAGUGGCUACUGGACACUGAUACCUAGUGUUUACUAUAUCAGGGCAGGCUUAAUGAUAACGUAUAAUUAUCCGGUCAAUGCAAUAAAAGCUCACCGACUGAGGAGUGACCUCGGUGUGUAUUAUACUGUGUCACGUGUGUGAAAGUAAUGAUCGUAUGUAACAGAUCCAAGCGAAAAUGAUUAAUACACUGUAAAAAGAGCGGUGUUUAAAAUUGACUCAAUUUAACACCGCGCGGUUAAAAUGAAAUAACACCGGCGUAGGCGGUGUUAAAUCGGUGUGAAAAAAAAUUCCACGUAUAGAAAUUAGAAAAAAAAUGUAUUACAUAUGAAAACUUAAUGAAUAUUAUCUGGAGGAAAUUUAAAUUUUGCUAUGUACUUAAUUAUGUUAUACGAAAUUUAUUUAAAAAUUACACAUUUUUACGGCCACCAUUUCAAAAUGAUCCUGAAGUUAGCAGACAAUUAGUAAUUUUCGGUUUUUUUUCACCAAAUCAAUUACAAAAAAAAAAAAAAAAAAAAAAAAUAUGCACAUAUAAAAAAUUUAAAAAACUACAGGUGCAAUUUUUUGAAAUAUUUUUUUUCUUACAGUGUGUUGUCUAAAAAAAAAUCCAAAAAUUAUUAGACGUCUGCUAACUUCAGUAUCAUAUUUCAAUCACCAAUAAU